GUUGGGGUUUUUUUUUUCUCACAGUGGUGUGUGUAACGCUGGGGAGGUGUUGGGUGUCACUUUUUCAACUCAGUUCGCUGCACUCAAAACCACGAGUGGUUCACCAGAAAUCGUCUACUCGAACUCUGACGUUAAUGAUUUUCGAAGAAGAACAUAAACCAAGGCACAGUCAAUGCCGGUUGUGUUGAAUAAGGAAGAAGAAUAUUGGUCCGUCGACUAUUUGUUGACGCUCGUAAGGAGUUGGACACAUCAAGCCCAGCCAUGGAAGAAGUGAUACGGAGAUUUCUUUCCUGAUGCUGCGAUCUCACGCGUAAGCGUUCCAUACAAAAUGGACACGAUGUUGCUGGCCUCCGCCGUGGUCGUCUGGGAAUGGCUGAACGAGCACGGGCGCUGGCGGCCGUACAGCCCGGCCGUGUCUCACCACAUCGAGGAGGUGAUAAGAAGCGAUCCCCGCGGCGGCAGCGUCGUUUUAGGCCGAGCUGACAGCCGCCUGUCGCCCUACAUCAUCGAUCUGCACUCCAUGCAUCAGUUCAGACAGGACACCGGUACAUUAAGACCAGUUCGACGGAGUUUCUAUGACCCUACCUCAGCACCAGGCCAAGGUUGGAUAUGGGAGUGGGAAAAUGACGCAGGUUCCUGGACGACCUAUGACAUGGAGGUGAUCAUUGCCUUGCAAGUGGCAUGGGAUCGACAGCAACCCUGGCUGGACCUGACAUCGAUGGGCUUUUGCUACUUUGUGGACUUCCAGACCAUGACCCAGAUUAACAGGCAAACACAGCGGCAGCGGCGCAUCCAAAAACGCCCAGACAUGGUUUACCCACUAGUCUCUGGGCCACUGCCUAAAACCUCACAGGCUUGGGGUACAGGCUCAGGGUCUGGAGGCAUUGCUAAAGGACUUGCUUCAGGUGGGGGCUCAACCGGGGCACUUCUUGGGGUAGGUGUUUCUGGAUCUACCUUGAGUAGAAAAGGAAGUGCGGUUUACCCAAGCGGGACGCUUUCGAUAUCAUCCCUUGCUCCUUCUGGACAGCCAUGUGCCUGCCAGCAGUGCAUGCUGGUGUUGAGUGUAAAGGCAAAUGGCACCUCAUCACAGACACUGGGACGUUCAACAAAGCCAAAAAGUCCUAAAUCCAACUUUGGGACCCUUCCAUCCUCCUCUGAGUCCAUGUCUGUUUUAAACUCCUAUUCUACACUACCACAUGGCACGUCUUUAAAAUGCUCGGAAGUAGCCAAGAAAUCUGCUGGUUUUGAUCAGUCAUUGUCUCUUCUCACAUCGGGCACGGCCAACUCUCAGUCUCCUCCACCACCCACCGCCUCCAACUCUGCCAUCGCCGCGCCGAAUCAGCAGCCUUCAUCCGCUCCAAGCUCUUCGUCUUCUGCAACAUUUGUGCCAACCGCCAUGCUUAUUAACACAUCAACCAGUCCAUCAUCAUCCACAGAUUUGACAUCAUCUUCAUCGUCGUUGCCUUCUCAACGCUCUGCUGCCUGUGCUGCCCCUCUGCCAACUCGUGCCAGUCUGACAGGGCUCAGUCGUCCUGCUUUGCAGAGAAUUGCAGUGGCACAAUCACAGGCCCUUAUUGCUUCUGGGGUACCGACAGUACCGGUGACUCUUAAUCUUAAUGGCUCCAGCCCUGUCCAUCCGGCUUUAGCUGGUAUUACGGGUAUUCUGAUGAGUGCAGCAGGACUACCUGUAUGUUUGACCCGUCCACCAAAACUAGUUCUCCACCCCCCUCCUGUCAGCAAGAGUGACAUAACACCAAUCCCUGGCAUUGGGAAGUGUUGCCGCAAGUCCACCAAGAAACAAGCACGCAAAGGCAGAACACCUGAGGAAGUGGUAAAAAGGUACUUUCAGAAGGUCAGGAAUCCACCAGAAGAAGAUUGUACUAUCUGUAUGGAGGCUCUAGGGGGUCCCUCUGGGUAUAAGGGUCCUGGUGUAGCAAGUGUUUUGCGUGCAGAGUCGGUUGGAAGACUGGCACAAUGUGGGCAUCUUUAUCACCUGCAGUGCCUAGUGGCCAUGUACAACAAUGGCAACAAAGAUGGCAGCCUGCAGUGUCCCACGUGCAAGACAAUAUAUGGAGUAAAGACAGGCAACCAGCCGCCCGGUAAGAUGGAGUACCAUGUCAUCCCGCACUCACUUCCAGGACACCCAGACUGCAAAACCAUUCGCAUCAUCUACAACAUACCGCCCGGGAUACAGGGUCCUGAGCAUCCAAAUCCAGAGAAGCCUUUUACGGCAAGAGGAUUUCCCCGUCACUGCUAUCUUCCAGACAGUGAAAAAGGACGCAAGGCAUUAAGGCUGUUAUUGGUGGCGUGGGAUCGACGGCUGAUCUUCUCAGUGGGCACCUCCAGCACCACAGGAGAGUCAGACACUGUCAUCUGGAACGAGAUCCAUCACAAGACAGAAUUUGGCUCCAAUCUUACUGGACAUGGCUAUCCAGAUUCUGCCUAUAUUGACAAUUUACUAGACGAGCUUAAAGCCCAGGGCAUCACUGAAGAUGAGGAACAGCUACUGUGAAGAGGACGGGAUGUGCUUGAUGGCAGUGAAAAAAAAAA